ACGAGUAUAAAGAUGUUAUAACUGAACGCGGACUUUAUUAGAAAAGGUCUUGACGCCAAGAAGUACAGCGUACCAGUAUAAUAUACGAUAAGUUUGUAGACUGUAUGUUAGGCUCUCUUCUGUGUCUCUAAUCAGACUUUUCCGCCACCGACUUACGACGAGCUUAACUAGGUCUAUGUUUGGUCCGACGUGGGACACACUUACACCGAGGACAUCAAACUUUCGACUUGUCUUACACGCUUCCCGAAAACUUGCCACGACAAGGUUAUUCAAUACAACGUUUGAAAUAAGUCCAGGGUUACCCUUUUGCGAUACAGAUGGCGGUACAGACGUUGACAGAGGCCAGGUUAAACUUCCUGCCCAAUACUGAUCAGGUGACUUGCUACUCCAUGAAGGAAGUGAAACAACACUGUGACCAUACCUCCUGCUGGAUUGUCUUCAGAGAUAGGGUUUAUGAUGUCACGGCGUUCCUAGAGCAGCAUCCAGGGGGUACAGAUAUUAUCUUAGAAAACGCCGGACGUGACGUCACUGUUACCUUCGAGGAGAAAGGUCAUUCAAGAUUGGCACACGAAAUACUGGAACAAUACCAUAUUGGCUUCCUGGUUGAGCACGAGCGCGUGGAGACCAGACGAUGACGAGUUGUCAUCCAUCAGAAGAUCUCUUGUUUUGUCGAGCAAUAUAAUUGCACAGCGUUUAUCACUGACGAAUUGUAUUCCAGCUCAUGUCAUUGAUAAGAAUUAAACAUGUUUAUGAAUGUAUGGGUUUUAUCAAUAUUGUUACUUUUUAAAAAGUAUUUCUGUGUUAUAUACGUUGUACAAUAUAGAAGAUGUAUAAUGUUUCGGAUAACUAAACAAGAGGGUCACUUUAGUAUAUAUAUAUAUAUUUUUAUAAAGGGCCUACAGGUGUAUAUUUGUAUAUAUAUACAUUUUUAAUAUUUUAAUUUUUUCGACCUUUAGUGUUUCAGUGAACAGUAGUUCGAGAUGACACGAACACAAUAAAUAAAUGUAUAAAUAUAGUGUGACAUGAACAUCAAAAUAUGGUUGUUUUUUCUUUUAUUCUAAUUCAUAUCUGUCUGAAGACAUGUUUUUAUUACUUUUAUGCAAAUGAAGAGAUUUUACACUCUUUUAAAUGCCUGCUUAUUGCGUUCAGCUUGGUUUACAGCUAAUCAAAUUUAAUUUGUAAAAUUAUACUUAGUUUUUACUUUUGUAUUUUUAUUAGUGUUACAUGUAGGGCCCACCUUGUUCGGAUGAUUAGCGGAUUUCUUUGUUGUUUUUAUCCUUUGGUUUUGUUUUUACUGUUUUUACAUGGAUUUUAUGUUGAUUCAGAAAGUGAUUAAUUUUUCCAUUUUGCCUGAAAAAAACUAGUACAAAUGAUGGGUCUUGUUACACGCGAAUAUGUGCGAUCCAAGAAGUUUUGCGAACAUACAUUCGGAAACUGUAUCAAUAAACAAAACUUUUGUUGAUGGACAUUGUGUAUGAAGUGUACAUUUGUAAAUCCUGCAAUAAAUGUUUUUUGUAUCGAAA